AAACACGCUUCCACCGACGACGCCACCGCCCAAACCCCAACCCUCCUUUUCGCCCUGAAAUAGAUCAAGCGUGAAAAACGUGGCCUGCUGUGCUGCAGGUUUGAUUUCCUGGGAGGCGUAUCCGUCCAUCCAUCGGCGCGUAAUCUCGGAUCAGCUUCUUCUCCUUGGCGCUUCCUCCGCCCCUUCGUCGCUGGUUGAUCCAUCGGAGGGGACUCAUGGACUGGAACUACGGCCCCCAGGAGCAGGUCCUGUGGCCGGCGUCGGUCCUUGCCGGCGUCCUCAUGUGCGCCGCCGUAUAUGAGGUAACUAAAAAGGUUAGCUCAUCAUGCUUCAAGUGUUAUGAUGGAUUAAGUCCAAUGCAAAAGCUUGAGUGGAAUAAUAGGGGCUUCUCUACGGUCCAUGCAUUGGUUGCUGCUGCCGUUUCCUUUUACUUAGUCAUGAUAUCUGGCCUCUUCAGUGUAGAUGUCAAUGGCAUAAUAAUUGACAGAAAGUCAUGGUUAUCUGAUUCCAUGUUUGGGGUCUCGAUCGGAUACUUUUUGACAGACUUGACGAUGAUCCUAUGGCAUUUUCCAUCUUUAGGUGGAAAGGAAUUUCUCUUGCAUCACGGACUUUCCAUGUAUGCAAUUUGUCUUGCUUUGUUCAGUGGGAAAGCACACAUGUACAUACUCAUGGUCCUCUUCACUGAAGCCACCACUCCAUUUGUGAACCUUAGAUGGUAUCUGGAUGUUGCUGGUCAGAAGGAUCACAACCUCUACUUAUACAACGGAUUGGCUAUGUUUGUCGGAUGGCUGAUUGCUCGGAUAAUCUUGUUCGUAUAUUUCUUCACUCAUGUCUACUUCCAUUAUGAUCAGGUGAAGUCCAUCUUCGCCCUGGGAUUCUACGGCAUAAUGACGGUGCCGCCGACGCUGGCCGUGAUGAACGUGUUCUGGUUCUGGAAGAUAUGCAGGGGGUUGGUCAGAACCCUGUCGAAGAUGAAGAUGCAUACCGCAAACGGGAAGACGGAUUAGAAGGAAGGUUGAUAUAACUAUUCUUUUUUAGAUCAAAAAAGAUUGACUGUUGUUCCUUGUAGAUAAAAGCUCGGCUGAUCAAAUUUUAACUAAAAUCACGACACUUAUUUUGAGACGAAGAAAGCAUGUUGGUGUUUGAUUUA